AUGAAUGCUGGGAGGAAAGGGAUUCAUAAUAAUGGAGGAGCCGACAGCAGCAGGAACUAUUAUCCUCAAAAUAUAAUCAACAAAACCAAUGGCGCCACAGAUGUUCGGAUUUCCACCAUUGACAGCUCUGAUAUCGUCUGGACCAAUAAGGUCCCCAAAGGUGUAUUUCCUUGUAGUGGAUGA